CGUUCCAAAAAUUCCAGAGGAAGAAAGAAAAUGGUUACUUCCGUCAGACUGUGGUACUACGUUUUAAAGGCUAAUUACUCGUAAACAUUUGAUUUUAAAUAGCGUAGAUUGAUGAUAUUGUAAUAAUUGCACUUGAACUGACAAUUACAAUUAAUAAGAGCUAACUGAACCACUGAAACAGCAGAAGGAAACAGCCCGUCAUGGAAGAAGGGGAGACAGCAGAGGAGCUCCUGAUAAAGCAGCACCGCAAAGAGAAGAAGGACCUGCAGGCUAAGAUCCAGGGUAUGAAAAAUGCAGUCCCCAAAAAUGACAAGAAAAGGAGAAAACAGCUUACAGAGGAGAUAGCAAAAUUGGAGACGGAUCUCAAUCAGAAGCAUGAAGAGGAACUCAAGCAGCUGAAAUCUACCGCUGAUACAAAGGUGGAGGAAGUGGUGAAUGGUGUGGAGACCAUACAGCUGGAAGGUGGAGGACAGGAAGAGUCCAAACAGCCCCGUGUAACGAAGGCCCAGAAAAGAAGGGACAAGAAGGCUGCACAGGAGAAGGAGAGGGAGAGCAGGAUAGCAGAGGCAGAGGUGCAGAACCUCCAGGGUGUGAGGCACCAGGAGGGUUUGAAGCUGGCUCAGAAACUGGCUCAGCAACAGCUGCAGAUAAAGGAGAUUGCAUCUGAUGGACACUGCAUGUAUCGCGCCAUUGAAGACCAACUAGCGCAGCGAUUAAAGCCUGCGUUGAACAUGAGUAUGAAGGAACUCCGGACCCGCACUGCUGAGCACAUGAGAAAUAAUGCUGACGACUUCCUACCUUUUCUCACCAACCCCAACACUGGAGACAUGUUCACAACAGAGGAGUUUGAAAAAUACUGCAGUGAUGUAGAGCACACAGCAGCUUGGGGUGGGCAGCUAGAACUUCAGGCUUUGAGUCGGGUGCUGAAAUUGCCAAUAGAAGUGAUCCAGGCUGACUCCCCAACAAUCAGGAUUGGAGAGGAAUACGAUGGUGAAAUCCUCACUCUUGUAUAUAUGCAUCAUGCCUAUGGUCUAGGAGAGCACUACAACAGUGUGGAGCGACUAAAGGAAGCAGCCAGUGCCGAUGACAACUAAGAGACAGUCCCCCCUCUGACAGAAAUAAAUGUCUUUAUUAAAGAGAAACAAA